CUCCGUGCGUCACAGAAUGGCCUCGGACACCCAGGCAGCUCCUGACGUGUCGGGGAGGAGCCGGGCGCGGAGGUGCGCGGAGUGGAGCUCGGGGCUGCGGAGGGGAGCCGAGCUGAGCGGCUGGGCGGGCCUGGCCAGGCCAGCGUAGCGGAGUCGUCGGUCGAGCGGCGGCGAACAUGUGCUUUUGACACAUUGGAGAACACUCUUCCUAUUUCUUUUGAACUGCAUCACCUGGUGGUUGCAACUGAUUAUGUUAUCGCCAUUUGGAUAGAGACAUUCAGCUGGGAUGGGGGUAAUUAAUUUAUACAACCAACUGGCUUUCUUGAUCAUGGAUGGUGAAGAUAUACCAGAUUUUUCAAGUUUAAAGGAGGAAACUGCUUAUUGGAAGGAACUUUCCUUGAAGUAUAAGCAAAGCUUCCAGGAAGCUCGGGAUGAGCUAGUUGAAUUCCAGGAAGGAAGCAGAGAAUUAGAAGCAGAGUUGGAGGCACAAUUAGUACAGGCUGAACAAAGGAAUAGAGACUUGCAGGCUGAUAACCAAAGACUGAAAUAUGAAGUGGAGGCAUUAAAGGAGAAGCUAGAACAUCAGUAUGCACAGAGCUACAAGCAGGUCUCAGUGUUAGAAGAUGAUUUAAGUCAGACUCGAGCCAUUAAGGAGCAAUUGCAUAAGUAUGUGAGAGAGCUGGAGCAGGCCAAUGACGACCUGGAGCGAGCCAAAAGGGCAACAAUAGUUUCACUGGAAGACUUUGAACAGAGGCUAAAUCAGGCCAUUGAACGAAAUGCGUUUUUAGAAAGUGAACUUGAUGAAAAGGAAUCUUUGUUGGUCUCUGUACAGAGGUUAAAGGAUGAAGCAAGAGAUUUAAGGCAAGAACUAGCAGUUCGAAAAAGACAACAGGAAGUAACUAGAAAGUCGGCUCCUAGCUCUCCAACUCUAGACUGUGAAAAGAUGGACUCUGCUGUCCAAGCGUCACUCUCUUUGCCAGCUACCCCUGUUGGCAAAGGAACGGAGAACACUUUUCCUUCACCAAAAGCUAUACCAAAUGGUUUUGGUACCAGUCCACUAACUCCUUCUGCUAGGAUAUCAGCACUGAACAUCGUGGGGGAUCUCUUACGCAAAGUGGGGGCUUUAGAAUCCAAAUUAGCAGCUUGCAGGAAUUUUGCAAAGGACCAAGCAUCACGAAAAUCCUAUAUUUCAGGGAACGUUAACUGUGGGGUGCUGAAUGGCAAUGGCACAAAGUUCUCUCGAUCAGGGCAUACAUCGUUCUUCGACAAAGGGCAAGAAAAAGUCAUAUUUCCCACGUUGUUCAUGGUCCUGCGUUGUCCACUGGGACAUUGCCCUGGGGCUCUCUGCUGCUCCCUGAAACUGAGUAUGUUGAAUAUCGAGUCUCUUCUCUUGGUAAUCUUUUUCUUGGGCACAACUUUGCAGGUCCCGAAGGGAUCUCACCAGACCUAUCAUCCCACCUAUAAGGCCAGCUUUCUUCUCUGUUCUUUAACUUUCCACUUCUUGACUCACAAGAGAGGUGCUAGGUGAGACCCUGGUGGAUUGUCGUUCUCUCUGUUCCACCCACCUUCACAUGAAGCACUCAUUUCUGUCCACACAGAAAUCUACCAGUUCUCUCUUUAUAGCCUGGGCUGUAACACUUGCUUUUCCCAUCAGAGCCGAGCUGCCUUGGGAGUGCUGAAGUGGUUGCUUGCUGAGGGCUGCUGGGUGCCUAUGACCGGGAGACUAGGAAAGGGUGCUGGCCUGGGCAUCUGGAGGCAGCUGGGCCUGACUUCCCCAUCGACUGCUCACUAGGCAAGCUGAGGUUAAUGGCUGGACCUUCUCUUGCUUUGGUUUCCUUGGCAGUGUAAUAGUGGGAUGAACCUCAUGUUCCUUAAAGGUCCACGUCACUUGAAAAUUCCAGAAUCUCAGCCCCCAGCCUCCUCGAGGAGCCAUCUCCUAGUUGCUGCUUUUGCACACCUCUCUGGCCCAGGUGCCAAAUUCAUCCCGGCAUCCACUGUGCUCCCUUUCUACUGGGUUCGGGGGGCUGUCUGCAGUCCAAGUUUGGGGGCUGCCACUGUGGUCUGUGAGGCUGGGACUCUGAGGUUCACAUGCUGAAAGCUGCGGUCAUUUGUGGGGCCUGCCUGGUUAUCCCUGAAGUUUCUAGGAGAAGCAGGUGUCAGGGACUCUGGGACUAGCCAGACAGAUGGAACCUAUUAUAUGAAGGGCUACUGUGGCAAACAGGAUGUGGUCUUGACCCCAGAAGAGGCACAGGCAUGUGACCUUGGGAGAAUGGGAAAGCAUGGUUUAAACUGUCAAAUGUGUUGGUCAAAAAUCAGACCUCUCCCAACCCAACGAGGAAAGGGGAGAUCUGGCUGUUUGUCCUGGAAGGAGGACGGUGUACACCAGGGAGAAAUGACAUUUGGCAGAGCCUGUGCUAUGGCUCUCAGUCUCUGUAUGCGUGGUUGGAAUUGAAACUCCAGUUGUGUACUCUGAGUUUCUUUAGAUAUCAACUUUGUUUCUUCCAAGUAGGCAGGGACUGAUAAGUCUCUGCAAGCCUGUUUCUCUGUGAGGUUAUCCUCACCUUGUCCAUGUAUGAAACAGCUGUCUCUGCAGGGAGUGUGUGUCGGUACUUUUUUUUGUUGUUGUUAAAGAGGGCCUCUCUCCAUGAGUCUGUAUUCAGCUCCCUGGACCCCUUUGAUGAGUAGGUGGGAGCAGUAGUGGGCAGAUGGGGUGCAGUGUGGCCCCUCGUUGUAGUUGGCUGUGUCUCCCUAAUUGCUAGUGGGACAAGUUUUCCUAGGAAGCUUUUCAAGGUGGAAAGGCUGAAGUGGCUCCUGAGGGAGGUUCCAGGCUGCACACUCCCUCCCUCUCUUGCUGCUUUCUGUGGCUGCACUGCACGGGGGCAAAGGGGGGCGCUGGGGAGCUCCCUGCAUCGCUGGGCUCCGGAUGCUGGGUCCUGGCUGCAGGCUAGUGGGUUGGGCUGGGCUGGGCUGCCUGCACACGAGUCUGCAUUGAAAAGCCUACUCAUCUGGCGUUGCCUGCUAAAUAAUUUUUAGAAGUUAUUUUUCUCCACCUUAUUAAGAUACUCCUGUGUUAAUACAUUGUAGGAGAUUUGGAAAAUGAUUAAAAAAGGAUAAAGUAAACAAAAUUCACAACCCAGAGGGAAGAAAAAUAAUGAUUCUUAGAUUUUUUUCUAUGAUAUAUAUGAUUCUAUGUACAUAUAUGUGUGUGCAUAUAUGUGUGUGCAUAUAUAAUGUGUGUAUAUAUACAUUCAUGUAUACACAUGUCCCUUCCUGCAUUGUAGAUUUAGCUACAUAGAUAGUAAUGUCUAAGGGACUAUAGUCUAGAAUCUAGAAUAUUUACUGUUUGCUUUUUUUUCUUUUGUAUUAUUGAAUAUACACAGUUUGGUAACCUCCUUUUUCCACUUAGUGUUACAUUCUGAAUAUUUUCCCAUGCUAUUAAAAAACUUGUGGAAUGCGUUUUUAAUGGCUGUGUGAUAUCUUAUUGUUUAGUUGUACCAUUAUUUAACUAGCUCCCCCUUGCCAGGCAUUUGGAGCUGCUCUCUGGGGAAAGAAUCAGGACUGUGGCUUCAGUGGCCGGUGUGCGGAAGUUGCCAAGAAGGGCCAUGUGGUCCUGGUUCCCCUGCAUUCCCGAGGCUCAGCUCUCUCCAGGCAGCCAGUCCCCCUGGGCCAUCAGAACCCUACUGUGGGCGAGGAGGAGUUUUAGAAAGCAAAUGAAUUUCCUAUUGUGUGUGAGUGAUUGUAAAUGACGGUUUUUCUUUUCCCCUUUCUUCCCUUUCUGUGAUC